GGAGGACGCUAAACAAUCGGGUUUGGCCAGAGGGGUUUUGAGGUUCUCUAGCUUGCAUCGUCUCCUCGUCGUUGCAAUAAACAAGAGCUCUUUCUCUGAGAGAGUGAAGAGAGAGCGAAUGGAGGAGGAGCGAAAGGAGGAAGAGGAGAUGACUGGUUCGAGCUUGACGAUGGAGAAGGUGGCCGCAGCGAAGCAGUUCAUAGAGAACCACUACAGAGCUCAGAUGAAGAACAUUCGAGAGCGGAAAGAGAGACGAUGGGUGUUAGAGAGGAAAUUAGCUUCCUCAGAUGUGCCCAAGGAGGAACAGAUCAACCUGAUCAAAGAUUUAGAGCGAAAAGAGACAGAAUUUAUGCGACUUAAAAGGCACAGGAUAUGCGUUGAUGAUUUUGAGCUUUUGACCAUUAUUGGGAGGGGGGCCUUUGGUGAGGUCCGAUUGUGUCGGGAGAAGAAAUCCGGAAAUAUUUAUGCCAUGAAAAAGUUGAAGAAAUCUGAAAUGCUUAUCAGAGGACAGGUGGAACAUGUAAGAGCUGAGAGGAACUUGCUGGCAGAAGUUGCAAGCCAUUGCAUUGUGAAACUUUAUUACUCGUUUCAGGAUGCAGAGUACUUAUAUUUGAUUAUGGAAUAUCUGCCUGGUGGUGACAUAAUGACUCUGCUGAUGAGGGAAGAGACCUUAACAGAAAAUGUGGCUAGAUUUUACAUUGCACAGAGUGUCCUGGCCAUAGAGUCUAUUCACAGACACAAUUACAUUCAUAGAGAUAUCAAGCCUGACAACCUUCUUUUGGACAAAAAUGGUCACAUGAAGCUCUCAGAUUUUGGCCUUUGUAAGCCUCUCGAUUGCACUACUUUAUCUGCACUGCAUGAAAAUAGUACCAGGGAUGAAAAUUUGACGGAACCAAUGGAUGUCGAUGGAUGCUUUCCUGAUGCGGAUAAUGGGAGGACUUGGAAAAGCCCCCUUGAACAGCUUCAGCACUGGCAGAUGAACAGGAGGAAGUUGGCCUUUUCAACUGUCGGCACACCAGAUUAUAUAGCUCCUGAAGUGUUACAGAAGAAGGGAUAUGGAAUGGAAUGCGACUGGUGGUCGUUGGGAGCAAUAAUGUAUGAAAUGCUUGUUGGUUACCCUCCUUUUUAUUCAGACGACCCAAUAACUGCAUGCAGAAAGAUUAUUCAUUGGAAAAAUCACUUAAGAUUUCCAGAAGAAGCAAGGUUGACAUCUGAGGCCAAGGACCUCAUUUGCAGGUUGUUGUGUGAUGUUGAACAUAGGCUUGGUACUGGAGGGGCCCACCAAAUUAAAGCUCAUCCUUGGUUCAAGGAUGUCGUGUGGGAUAAACUCUACGAAAUGGAAGCAGCAUUCAAGCCAGAAGUCAAUGGGGAGCUAGAUACGCAGAACUUUAUGAAAUUUGAUGAAUUGGAUCCUCCAACCCCAGCAAGAACUGGCUCGGGCCCUUCACGGAAGAUGCUAUUAACUCCAAAAGAUCUAAGCUUUGUUGGCUAUACAUACAAGAAUUUUGAUGCUGUGAAAGGACUUCAUCAAUCUUUUGAUCUCAAAAGAGGUAUGUCACCGAAACCGCCGUCUAGUGAUUCUAUAUUUACUAAGGAAUCAUCUUCAUCAUCUCCUGCUUCAAGUGAUUCUAGGACAGAUUAUGCUGCCAAACGGACGGCGGAGGAGACAGAGGUGCAGAUGCUUGCGUCAUCAAGUGAUCCCAUGUUACCAUAAAAGAAAAUCACGUUGUGACAAAAUGACAAGUUCGUCAUCUGGAUCUUGCAUAAGCCUGCUGCUUCUCUACAUGAGCAUUUACUGUAGAUUGGCUGCCAUGCAAUUUCCAUAACCACCAUCCAAAUGUACAGCAGUAUUUGAAGAGCUUCUUAAGACAUCAGUGGAGGCCAAAUGAGACUCUAGCUGAAAUGAUUUGUGUAUUAGAACUAAGAAUUUAGGGCAGAGAGUUGUGGAACUUGUGUCCUGGCUGCCCAGGUUGGCAGUGGUAUGUAUGCUUGCCUUCUCUCGUGGCAGUUUCUGGUCAAAUUUUAAUUGAUGCCAAAUUACCAGGAAACUCAAUAGAUGUGUUGAAGAGAUUAUUUACUCUUGCUAUGUGUAAGCUUUGACGGUCAAAGACGACAAAUUAGCUAUUGAAAUAUAUUAUUGCUAAAGCAAAAAGCUAUUCAAAUA